AUGGCCAGCUCAGCACCCCGCGUAUUAGCUCAGGUGUUCGUUUUCUCCUAUGGUUUCUUGACGCUUAUUCUUUACGGCCUCAUUGCCUUGAUGAAAGGUACAUACUUCAAGCGCCCCACUGAAAAGGAGAAAUCGGAGUUGCAGCUUGCUCGUAAUCGGCUAUGGGAUUUAAGCAAGAAGUUGGAUGGCCUUUCCCACCAUAUGCUGACAUUGCAGAGUGGAUUCAAAUUCCACCUUGUUAGCAAUGAUACCCCAAACACACCAGAAACCAUCAACUCUGAUAAGCCAUUGGUCAUCCUCAUACACGGAUUCCCCGACAGCUGGGCGAUUUGGCGACAUAUUAUCAAAACUCCUUCUCUGCAAAAUGCUGUUUCGCUCGUCGCGAUUGACCUCCCCGGAUAUGGAGGAACAGAGAGCCUAGACAAAUACAAUGCGACAAAUGUCCUGGAGAAGUUAACCGAGCUGAUCAUCACUCUACGAACUCAGUAUGGUGUGGAUACGGACAGUGAAAGCAACAAGAAGAGAACCAUAAUUGUCGCUCAUGAUUGGGGUUGUGUCUUGUCUAUGCGCCUCGCUGCCGAAGCUCCGUCCCUGGCUCAUCGGUUCAUUCUCUCCAACGGACCCUCGAUAAAAUUGAUUGAGUCCAACAUCCGCCGCCUGUUGUUUUCAGCCAACAAGAUGCUCGGCAAUGCCUGGCGUUCGCCACUGCAUGCCCGCGUCCCGCUGAUGCGGGCGCUCCAUACUAUAAACCCUCUCAUCCGCCAGAUUUUCCUAUCCGGCUAUAUCUUCGCCAUGCAGCUUCCAAAGCCGCUUGUUCAGUACCUUCUGACUGGAGGCAAUUCAUCGUUGCUCGCAAGUUGCCAUCGCAUCGCGUACAACAAGGACAAGUAUAGUCACAUCGACUUGGCCGACAGUAUGGCGAGCACCAUGGGCCCGUCUACCGCGGAAUCAGACACUAGGACUCCUAAGGGCGAUGCCUAUCCUGUUUCCCUGAGCAAGCGCGCGCUCACACAUGUGCUCCACAUGGCGGCUUACUACCGUGAUGGUGCAGCGGUGGCGCGCUGGGACAAGUCUAUCGAGACGGUGGCCAGUCUGCACAGUAUUGCAUCCGGAACACAGCGAACGAGCAGCGGAGCCGGAUUAUUUGAUGCAGGUCCUCCUGGGGCUUUCAAAGCUAAUACCACAAUUUUCUGGGGUCAGGAAGAUAUCGCGCUUGAUGCGAGGAUCUGUCUUGAUGGGAUGAGUGAUUAUUUGGUACAGGGGUCUCAAGUUGUGCUGCUCCCUCGUACUGGACAUUGGACUCCAAUUGAACGCGAGAGCGGCGCCGCUUUGAUCAAGGCUAUUCAGUGGGCUGCCCAGGGCGAAAAUGGGGAUAUCGAGACGGCCUUGCAUACUUGCUAUCCUGGUGCCCAGGUGACGCUUUCGCGAUAA